CGGGCUCCUGCCGGGGCUGGAGGCCUGCGUCUAGGGUUGCGCGUGCAAGCCUCUCCAUCACCUGUCCUCGACGCUCGCCUCCGCUCACAGCCUCAGCAUCCCAGGCUGCGAGGCAUGCGCAGUGGGUGCUUCCUUCCCCAGCCCCUCCAGCCCGGGCGGGGGAGGGGACGCUGGGCCACCCCAGAGCGGAUGGAUUUAUAGAUACCACCCCCCUCGCCUUGGCAUGAGAAGCGGAAAUGGGGUGGACACCGUCAAUGUCUAACAGGAGUUUGUUUCUUAUGGGUCUAAAACUAAUGUUUUUUUUAAGACCCCAAAACUCACCCUGAGCCGGUUUCCCUCCUCCACCCCCGACCCCCGAAUCUCGAGAGUCCUGUACGGGGAGGGGGAGGGCAAUGCCCCCGCACCGUGUUCUUGGCAGAGCAGGGCUCCAGCGUAAAAUGGCAGAAGCGCACCAGGCCGUGGACUUCCGACCCUCGCUGACCUCGGACGGGGCCGAAGUGGAACUCAGUGCCCCUGUGCUGCAGGAGAUCUACCUCUCUGGCCUGCGCUCCUGGAAAAGGCAUCUCUCACGUUUCUGGAAUGACUUUCUCACCGGUGUGUUCCCUGCCAGCCCCCUCAGCUGGCUUUUCCUCUUCAGUGCCAUCCAGCUUGCUUGGUUCCUCCAGCUGGACCCUUCCUUGGGACUGAUGGAGAAGAUCAAAGAGUUGCUCCCCGACUGGGGUGGGCAGCACCACGGGCUCCGGGGGGUCCUGGCAGCUGCGCUGUUUGCCUCGUGUUUGUGGGGAGCCCUGAUCUUCACGCUGCACGUGGCCCUGAGGCUGCUUCUGUCCUACCACGGCUGGCUUCUUGAGCCCCAUGGAGCCAUGUCCUCUCCCACCAAGACCUGGCUGGCCCUGGUCCGCAUCUUCUCCGGCCGCCACCCUAUGCUCUUCAGUUACCAGCGCUCCCUGCCGCGCCAGCCGGUGCCCUCCGUGCAUGACACUGUGCGCAAGUACCUGGAGUCGGUCCGGCCGGUCCUCUCCGACGAGGACUUCGACUGGACCGCGGUCCUGGCGCAGGAAUUCCUGAGGCUGCAGGCGUCGUUGCUGCAGUGGCACCUGCGACUCAAGUCCUGGUGGGCGUCCAACUAUGUCAGCGACUGGUGGGAGGAAUUUGUGUACCUGCGCUCCCGAAACCCGCUGAUGGUGAACAGCAACUACUACAUGAUGGACUUCCUGUAUGUCACACCCACGCCUCUGCAGGCAGCUCGCGCUGGAAAUGCCAUCCAUGCCCUCCUCCUGUACCGCCACCGCCUAAACCGCCAGGAGAUCCCCCCGACUUUGCUGAUGGGAAUGCGUCCCUUAUGCUCUGCCCAGUACGAGAAGAUCUUCAACACCACGCGGAUUCCAGGGGUCCAAAAAGCCCGGGCAACAGAGCGAGACCCUGACUCAAAAAAAAGAAAAGGUCAUUAUCCUUCUGUGGCUGGCCUUCCUGCCCCUAUGCUUCUGCCAACGCCACCCCUAGACCACAUCCGUCACCUCCACGACAGCCAGCACGUGGCUGUCUUCCACCGAGGCCGAUUCUUCCGCGUGGGGACCCACUCCCGAAACAGCCUGCUUUCCCCGAGGGCCCUGGAGCAGCAGUUUCAGCGAAUCCUGGAUGAUCCGUCACCGGCCUGCCCCCACGAGGAACAUCUGGCCGCUCUGACUGCUGCUCCCAGGGACACGUGGGCCCAGGUGCGGACGUCCCUGAAGACCCAGGCGGCAGAGGCCCUGGAGGUGGUGGAAGGGGCCGCUUUCUUUGUGUCACUGGACGCUGAGCCCGCGGGUCUCACCAGGGAGGACCCAGCGGCGUCAUUGGAUGCCUAUGCCCAUGCCCUGCUGGCCGGCCGGGGCCAUGACCGCUGGUUUGACAAAUCCUUCACCCUAAUCGUCUUCUCCAAUGGGAAGCUGGGGCUCAGCGUGGAGCACUCCUGGGCCGACUGCCCCAUCUCAGGACACAUGUGGGAGUUCACUCUGGCUACAGAAUGCUUUCAGCUGGGCUACUCAGCAGACGGCCACUGCAAGGGACACCCGGACCCCACACUACCCCAGCCCCAGCGGCUGCAAUGGGAUCUUCCAGACCAGCAGAUCCACUCCUCCAUCUCUGUAGCCCUGCGGGGAGCCAAGAUCUUGUCUGAAAAUGUCGACUGCCAUGUCUUUCCAUUCUCCCUGUUUGGCAAGAGCUUCAUCAGACGCUGCCACCUCUCUUCAGACAGCUUCAUCCAGAUCGCCUUGCAGCUGGCCCACUUCCGGGACAGGGGUCAAUUCUGCCUGACUUAUGAGUCGGCCAUGACGCGCUUGUUCCUGGAAGGCCGGACGGAGACGGUGCGGUCUUGCACGAGGGAGGCCUGCAGCUUUGUGAGAGCCAUGGAGGACAAAGAGAAGACAGACCCCCAGUGCCUCGCCCUGUUGCGCGUGGCAGUGGACAAGCACCAGGCUCUGCUGAAGGCAGCCAUGAGCGGGCAGGGAGUGGACCGCCACCUCUUCGCGCUCUACAUCGUGUCCCGAUUCCUCCACCUGCAGUCGCCCUUCCUGACCCAGGUCCAUUCGGAGCAGUGGCAGCUGUCCACCAGCCAGAUCCCUGUUCAGCAAAUGCACCUGUUUGACGUCCACAAUUACCCGGACUAUGUUUCCUCUGGCGGUGGAUUCGGGCCUGCUGAUGAGCAUGGUUAUGGUGUUUCUUAUAUCUUCAUGGGGGAUGACAUGAUCACCUUCCACAUCUCCAGCAAAAAGUCAAGCACAAAAACGGACUCCCACAGGCUGGGGCAGCACAUUGAGGAUGCCCUGCUGGAUGUGGCCUCCCUGUUCCAAGCAGGGCAGCAUUUUAAGCGCCGGUUCAGAAGUUCAAGGGAGGAGGCUUCGAGGCGCAGGUGUGGAUUUCUUUCCCACCAGACUGGGGCCUCCAAGACAUCUGUGACAUCCCCUGAACUCUGACUCCUUCCAGCAGGCAGCUGGCCUCCCCUUGGGAAUGAGGGUGACGAUGGCCACCGCUGGGAUGGCACAGGACAGGGCAGCCUGUUUGGCAACCCCACAUCCAGGCCAAUAAAGAUGUGUGAGCUGGG